AUGCGGGUUCGUGGUGGCGCUCACCCAGACUUGGAGCUUGAGCUGAAGAAAUUUGUCGACCAGGCCAAUAAGGCAGGUGUGCCGCUCAUGCUUGAGACUAUCCGUGACCACGCCAAGCUUGUUGCCCGCGAGCUGGGGAAGCCGCCAAGCUUUCGGUGUUCGACCGGAUGGGUACGGCGAGCCAUGAAGCGUCUGGGCAUCCGGUGCUUCGCUCUUUCUGGUGAGGCAGCAGAGGCAGACAUGCAUGCCGUGAGAACGUGCCGGGAGCAAAUGCCAAAGCUGUUGCUCCAUCUGGCGGUCCCUCCGCGCAACGUGCUCAACUUCGACGAGACGGGAGUCUACGUCUCUGCCCUGCCGAGGAGGACAUAUGGCCGUGCUCGCUUGUUCACGCACUUAAUUGAGAAACUGAACGCGGCUAUGUAUGCUGAGGGUCGCGACGUGGUCAUCUUGCUUGAUAACGCCAGCAGCCACACGUUGCUCACCGAGACGGCCGGGACGGAGGACCUUUUUGGCUUCCGCACACGCACGUUGAGCAACGUGCGUUUGGUGUACCUUCCACCGAACACCACGUGCUUCACGCAGCCCCUUGAUCAGGGGAUCAUCAAGAAGGCGAAGACCACGUACAAGAAGUUGUGGCUCAUGGACCUUACAAGGCAGUGGGAGGAGGACCGUCGCCGGGCGUCACUUGCGCGUUACAAGCCGAACAUGCGUGACGUCGUGGAGUGGAUAUACGACUCAUGGAUGAACGUCGGAGCCAGGACGGUGCAGCUCUGCUGGUGGAACACGGGCUGCCUCCCAAAUGCGUGGGAGAUGCAGCUGGAAUACGUCUAUGCACGGCAUAACGAGGCUCCUGAAGAAGCGGAUGAAUCGCGCGAGGAUGAGCUGCAGGGUGUCGGGCGUCUCAUCACUGGCCUUUCUCUGGGGUGCGCCGCCAUCGCCGCCGAGGAGUAUGUCGCAGCGGACGACAGCCUGCCUACGUGCGACAUGGGCGGGCCCGAUCCCCUCUCGUCGGAGCCUGCAGAACCUCCAACCAGGGAGGAGUGGGAGUUCCCACUGCCAGCGGCGGCCGCCUUUGAUGGUGACAUGAACAGCCGCGAUUCACGCCGUACAGCUCGUGCGGCGUGCGAAAUGCUCAUCGGCUACGCGCGGUCCAUCAAUGUCGCCCCGCGUGAUCUCACGGUCCUCUUUGACAUCCGCAACCCGGUUGUCCGCGAGCGGCUCGAGCGGGCCAGCCCGGUGUUGAACCUCAACGAGCAGCCCUUCACCGCGUCCUCUACCCCUGGUCGAGGCCGGGUGCUCCCGCCGUCGAUCACGGGCACGAGCCGUCUCAGCGAGCUCGUUGCCGGCGGUGUCUACGCCGUCAUGGGGACGUACGACGCAUCGGCCGAGUGGAUGAACCGCCUGUGA